AUGGCUAGAGCUGAAGCUAAUGUUGUAGCGGUGGAAGUUAUGGAGGUUGAGCAACCUGAUGAACAACUAGCCGAAGUCAACCUCGUGGAUUCGAUCAACCUGCUCAGCAUGAAAUAUGUUAAUGUAUUCAACCACGACGAACUAUUAAAGUUCCUCGACCCAAUUGGGGAAGGCGAAGCGCAAGCCGAUGACCAAAGUGAAGCCACCAAUGAAGUUGUUCAAGAAACUCAAGCAGAAGUUGAAUCCCCAAGAAUCCCGACGCAGCGACUUCGUGUCCAAGAUCGACCACCGCAAGUUACCUCUUUUCCUUUGUAUGAUUUCACUUACAUGAUCUGUCUUCGGGAAAAAUUCUAA